CUUGGCGGUUCGGACCCAAGGCAGCGUGCAAUCUGUAAACGGCCCGCGGGACUUAGGGACUGCUGAGGGCGUGGCUCAGGCAAAGAGAAGGUGCUGGAUCCCGAGACCCCCGCCUGUUCAGCCGCCAUCCGUGGGCCUCAGGUUUCCCACUCAGGAAGAGAGGGAAGACUGGGCACUCCGGCCUAAGGGUACUCGGCUUUGAGCCCAGAAUCUUCUCUUCUCUGCAGCUCCUGGACGGACUAGUGUUGACCUGCCCCAUGGACACCUCCUCUGGCCCAUGGAAUCCAGCCCCAGCGUCCAUCAGCAGCCCUCCCUUGCUGCUCCCCAUCCCGGCUAUCGUCUUCAUCGCUGUGGGCGUGUAUUUGCUGCUGCUGGGCUUGGUGCUGCUGACCAGGCACUGCCUGCUGGCUCAGGGCUGCUGCACAGACUGCAGCUCCCCGUGCAGGAAGCAGACUGCCUCAGAGACCCAGGACUGUUGCUGGAGCUGCGCAGAAGCCUGCGACUUCCCUCUGCCCAGUCCAGCCCACUACCUGGAUGCCUGCUGCCCUCAUCCCAGCGAAGCUGGUUGGGCUCCUCGAUGUCCUCAAUGCUGCCCCUUGUGUGACUGUGCCUGCGCCUGCCAGCUUCCGGACUGCCAGAGCCUCAACUGCCUCUGUUUCGAGAUCAAGCUCAGAUGAAGGAUGGGAGUGGGGGGCUUGUUCUUUGGGGAGUGGCCAGCCCCUAGGGCCCCCUCUAAAAUGGCCCUCGGGACACCACUGUUAGGCCACUGGAAUCACAGCUGGCAGGUCCAGCCUAACCUGGGAGCCUUGAGUGGAGGGCCUGGUUCCCUGCAGGACAGAAUUCUGAGAGCCCUUGGACAGCUGAAUUCAGUUCCUUCGGAGGGUUGGAAGGAAAAGGGGCCCGAAAGGGGCUGAUGUUCGGCCCAGUGCCCCUACCCCUCACCCCCUCCCUCCCUGGUAAAUUAUAUAUAUAAGUGAAGGUGAGGAUGCAGGACGUUGCUCACCUAGUCAACUGUAUGAGAGGGCUCUGCCAACCUGGAAUAUCAAGAUAUAGGGACAGCCAGUCGCAGCCUGCCUAUAGACUCCCAGUUAUUUUAAGAGAUCCCAGGCCGGAGACUCUUCGCCGCUCUAUUUUCAAGGAAGAGGUUCUUCUAAAGACCGGUGA